AUGGAGGGCGAUCUGCGUUGGUGCUGUGGUAGCAGUAGCAACGACUGGGACCUACACGCCGUGGUGCGCUUCGCCAGCUGCAGUGGUGGCAGCCGCGUCACCUCGCCGCGGGCCUCGGACGAAUCAUUCUCCUGCCUGCCCCUGCCACCGCAGUCACAGAAGGACGAGCUGACGGACGCCGCAGCGUUGCAGCAGCCCCCGAUCGGCCCUGCCGUCGACGACUUCUCCCUGCAGCAGGCCUUCUUCGCCACGCCGCAGCCAAGAAACGAAGCGCCGCCCCAGCAGCCGCCGGCCAAACCACGAGCUUCCUACCGCAAUAACGGCGUUGGCGGACCGACACGAUCGAAGAGAAAGAAGAAGAAGAGCCAGGUGAGCAACAAGGAGGUGACGCGGGUGCCCGUGGGCGCGUCUCCGGAUCCGGACCCCUGGGCGUGGCGCAAGUACGGGCAGAAGUCGAUCAAGGGGUCGCCGUACCCGCGCGGCUACUACCGGUGCAGCACCGAGAAGGACUGCAGGGCGCGGAAGCAGGUGGAGCGUUGCCGCACCGACCCCUCCAGCCUCAUCGUCAGCUACACCGGCGAGCACGGCCACCCAGUCCCACUCCAUCGCAACGCCCUCGCUGGCACCACGCGCAACAAGCCGCAGCCAGCACCGUCCACCUCCCCAGCCGAGCAGCCUCCCGCUGCGUCGCCGAUCGACACUACUACUACUACGCUGCUUUGUCCGUCCGUGGGAGUGGAGUACGAGGAGGACAACACUGUCGCCGCCAGUCUGCUGAUCGAGGAUGCGGAGAUGGAGGGAGAGGAAGACGUGCUGUUGUUCCUGAAGCUCGCUCCGAGUCCCAGCAACGGCAGUGGCUCCAAGGACGUCAUGCUAUUCCCGGAGCCCCACAGGCCUGCUCCGGGUGCGGACAAUUAUGGAAGAGGCUCGGAGAAAGUCGUGCCACUAUCGAAGCUCUACGAGCUUCCACUUCCAGCAACGACGAGCAGAAGCAGAACGGGCGAUGGCUCAGCGGCGGCUCCGGAGGCCAUGAACGUCACCCACGAGAAGUGCCCUUUCUCAGGUCUCACGCCGUGGGAGGCUGCAGCGGUGGCGGCGUCGACCAACUGGGGCUGA